UCAGAUUGGUCAUUCUAUCAGAUGUCAUAUUGCAGUUUGGAGAGCAGUAUAGUUGAAGCACUUUGUUUAAAGCAGGAGUGGACAUGCCGAGAAACUGGUGGGGGUGGUGUUCAACGAGCCGCCGUUGAUGGGAAUGAGGAAAGACAGGUCUCAUCCAUUUGUAGAAGUAUGGCUUAUGGAAUAGAGCACAAUUCUCAUACCGUUUCUACAAGGCAUCUUCCAGCAGAACGGGACGGCUGGUUGAAAGUGCCUCAAAAUGGUCAAGUGAUUCUGGCUCUAAGCAGUAACAACUGCUGUUGGUCCCAAGAUUUUGAUAUGGAUGCCUGUGUGAGGAGGUUGGAGGGAUUGGGAUUUCAGAUAUCUUUAGGCAUCUACAGGAAGCAAAUUACAAAUUUACUAAAGGAUUCAGCUAUACGAAGAUACAUGUUCUUUAACUCUCGGGCCUUCAGGCUGGUGUUGGUUACAAUCUUCUACUUGAUUGCCUGGGGAAACAUAUACUCCACCUUCCAUCAACUCAGCAUGAAUGGUCUACUCUUCUACCUUCUUGUGAGCCUGGGUGCAACAGUUAUCACCACCAUCAUUAUACUGCUCCUUGAUAGAUACGCCAAGAAGGUAAAUAUAAACACAGAUAUGCGGCUUGCUGCUGUGAAUGAAAUAUUAAUGAAUCACAAUCUAUUGGUGGGGGUCACAGAUACCAUGGAGGGCUUCCGAAGCAUACUUCAACUGUUGUUCGUAUAUUUUAACCUUGAGAAAUGCAAAGAAGUUUUGACAACCCUGCUUGAGCAAAAAGAGAUGGAUAUCUUUUUCCAGUCCAAGUUACAAAAGCAGUUGAGCCAUCUGUACCUGACAAAUGGACACCCUGUUAAUCUGCACGAGGAAUUCCAGAGUAAGGUGAUUGGCACCUCUGAGGAACAGCCCCUUUUGUCCAACAGUGGCAAGGUCCACAAAUCUAAGUUUACCUUCAGUGAAAUGACCAGUUUCGUCAUGAAAGGUACCGCUGAGGAAAUCGCACGCUGUUUGCUGAUCACAUACAGUGGAGUUUAUGUCAGGCUUUUAGUGACUCGUCAGCUACCUCCCUCUCCUGUGAUUCACCAGGCUGCUCAGAUUCCUGCACCAUGCCUUUGUCAGUUUAUACAGUACACUGUACUGAACCUCAAGAACAUCUAAGAAUAUCACUUAAAAAUGAAGUGAAUUAUUA